AAACGAGAGGCUAGAAAUGUACUUAGCCUCAAAACACUCUUAAGGAGGAAUAUACAAGAGCUCGCUCGCACCACCUUAUCCUAUCCUCUCUUUCCCUCUCUAAAUCUCUCCAUCUUUAUUUUCUCGAUCAGUAUUUGGCUCCCCUCCUCGUUGUCACUAGCACCACAAAGUCUCUUUUGUGCACACACACUCACCUCCUAUUCUCUCUCCUAUCUUCUUCUAUCAUUCAUCUCUACUUAUUCACACACACUUAAUUCCUCUGGGAAGUAUAUGUAAUUCAUUCCGGGUUUUGUAACUUCAAUUAUAAGUUUUAUGUCCAUUGGUAAUGGCUCCUAAAGCUGGGAAAACAAAGCCACACAAGAGUAAAGGAGAUAAGAAGAAGAAGGAAGAGAAAGUUCUGCCCAUUGUCAUUGAGAUAAGUGUUGAAACACCAGACGAAUCCCAAGUGACUCUCAAGGGAAUCUCUACGGACAGAAUCUUAGAUGUGAGGAAGCUCUUAGCAGUCCAUGUUCAGACAUGCCACUUAACCAACUUUUCUCUCACCCACCAGGUGCGUGGUACUAGACUCAAGGAUUCCGUUGACAUCGUAUCGCUCAAACCCUGCCACCUCACCAUCGUCGAAGAGGAUUACACGGAGGAGCAAGCCACCGCGCACAUACGGCGGCUCCUCGACAUCGUCGCUUGCACCACCGCCUUCGGUCCGUCGAAACCGCCGGUAUCCCGCGCAUCUCCCAAGGAAUCAGGUUCGAACGAUGAUGCCGGCGAUUCGGGUUCCAAUCUCAGCCCUAAAUCGGAGAAGAAACUCGUCGUCGUCGGCGGCGGCGGCGGAUGUGAGGCUUCUCAGGCGGCGGAAGGCGGGGAGAAGGGAGAAAUCAACAUGUCUCCACCGAUUCGUCUCGGUCAAUUCUACGAGUUCAUCUCCUUCUCCCACCUCACUCCACCCAUCCAAUAUAUCAGAAGGUCUGUUCGUCCAUCGAUAGAAGAUAAAGGAGAAGAUGAUCUCUUCCAAGUCGAUGUUAAAGUUUCAAGUGGGAAGCCUAUCACUGUUGUUGCAUCAAGAGGAGGUUUUUUCCCAGCUGGGAAACAGCAGCUUCUGUGUAAUUCUUUGGUUGAGCUGCUGCAACAGAUAAGCAGGCCAUUUGAUGCGGCUUAUGACGCUCUUAUGAAAGCUUUCAUUGAGCAUAAUAAAUUUGCCAACCUUCCUUAUGGUUUCCGGGCAAACACUUGGGUAGUUCCUCCGGUUGUUGCGGAUAGCCCUUCUACUUUUCCGUCGCUUCCAGUGGAGGAUGGGACGUGGGGAGGAGACGGUGGGGGAGCAGGCCGGUCUGGUGGUAAGCAUGAGGGAAGAAAGUGGGCUGUGGAUUUUGCGGUUUUGGCAGCAAUGCCUUGUAAAACAUCUGAAGAGAGACAGGUUCGAGAUAGGAAGGCCUUUCUACUCCACAGCCUAUUCGUCGACGUUUCAGUUUCCAGAGCAGUGGAAAUGAUAAAGAAUGUAGUGGAGAGUAAUCAACGCUCAUUGAAGGAUCCUGCUGCGUUGGCUUUCCAUGAAGAAAGAGUAGGUGAUUUGAUCAUAAGGGUGGCUAGAGAUGAUCCUGAUGGGAGUGCCAAGCUUGACCGAAAGAGUGAUGGGACUCGUGUUCUAGAGAUCUCUCAGGAAGAACUUGCGCAGAGGAAUUUACUUAAAGGGAUCACUGCUGAUGAGAGUGCAACGGUUCAUGAUACGUCUACCUUGGGUGUGGUAGUUGUCAGACAUUGUGGUUUCACAGCCAUUGUAAAGGUUUCUGCUGAAUACCCCAUGGAAGGGGGCCAAAUCCCACAUGAUAUCGACAUCGAAGACCAAUCAGAUGGAGGUGCAAAUGCACUGAAUGUAAAUAGCCUGAGAACUCUAUUGCACAAGUCGUCAACGCCCUCCAACGUAGCGCAGAAAUCACCAAAUGCAGACUCGGAACAAAUACAUGUGGCUAAGUCCCUUGUGAGGAAAGUAUUUGAGGAUAGUCUGCAGAAAUUGGAGACUGAACCCUCAAGAAUUACCAAGCCUAUAAGGUGGGAAUUAGGAGCUUGUUGGGUGCAGCAUCUGCAAAAUGAAGCUUCUAGUAAAAGUGAGUCUAAGAAUACUGAAGAUGCUAAGCCUGAACCAGCUGUUAAGGGUCUUGGAAAGCAAGGUGCACUGCUAAAGGAGAUAAAAAGGAAGAUUGAUGUGAAAGCUAACAAGACUGAACAGGGAAAGGAUGCCCUGGCUAGCACGGUUGACAAUGACAAUAAAUCAGAAGCUGAUGAUCAGAAGGAACUCGAGAAACAAAAUCAGGAAAUGGAAAAGAUGUGGAAAGAACUGGUGACAGAAGCUGCAUAUCAGCGUCUUAAAGAAUCAGAAACUGGUUUUCAUCUCAAGUCACCCAGAGAGCUGAUUGAAAUGGCCCGUAAAUACUACACUGACACCGCUCUUCCAAAACUGGUUGCAGACUUUGGAUCUCUUGAACUCUCACCCGUCGAUGGGAGAACUUUGACAGACUUUAUGCACACCAGAGGCUUACAAAUGCAGUCCUUGGGGAGAGUGGUUGAGCUGGCUGAAAAGCUCCCUCAUGUGCAAUCUCUUUGUAUUCAUGAAAUGAUUAUUCGGGCAUACAAGCAUAUACUGCAGGCUGUUAUAGCAGCUGUUGAAAACACUGCUGAUGUGGCCAUCUCAAUAGCAACAUGCUUAAAUGUUCUAUUGGGAACACCGUCUGACACUGAAAGUGAAAAUGAUGAGAAAAUAAAAUGGACUUGGGUUGAAACGUUCAUUUCCAAGAGGUUUGGAUGGGACUGGAAGCAUGAAGGCUGCCAGGAACUGAGGAAAUUUUCCAUCCUCAGAGGACUGUCACACAAGGUUGGACUGGAGCUUGUUCCUAAGGACUAUGAGAUGGACACGUCAAGUCCAUUUAAGAAGUUGGAUAUCAUCAGUAUGGUUCCUGUAUAUAAGGUGCAUAGCUAUCUUACUCUCGUAAUAGGCCAUAAAAAGGUAAUAUUUAAGUGGCUAAAAAGUACUGCUUUGUCUGUGCAGCAUGUAGCAUGUUCAUCCGCCGAUGGACGCACUUUGUUGGAAUCAUCCAAAACAUCCUUAGAUAAAGGCAAACUUGAGGAUGCUGUCAAUUAUGGUACCAAGGCAUUGGCGAAGCUUGUAGCAGUUUGUGGCCCAUAUCAUAGAAUGACCGCUGGAGCAUAUAGUCUUCUUGCUGUUGUGCUGUAUCAUACUGGGGACUUUAACCAGGCUACCAUUUAUCAGCAGAAAGCACUCGACAUAAAUGAAAGGGAACUUGGACUUGAUCACCCAGACACAAUGAAAAGCUACGGCGACCUGGCCGUCUUCUAUUAUCGUCUUCAGCACACAGAGUUAGCUUUGAAGUAUGUUAACCGUGCAUUGUACCUUCUACAUCUAACAUGUGGACCAUCACAUCCAAAUACUGCUGCCACUUAUAUUAAUGUAGCGAUGAUGGAAGAAGGUUUGGGGAAUGUCCAUGUGGCUUUAAGAUACCUUCAUGAAGCGUUGAAAUGUAACCAGCGACUACUUGGAGCUGAUCAUAUCCAGACUGCUGCAAGCUACCAUGCCAUUGCUAUUGCUCUUUCUCUGAUGGAAGCAUACUCCUUGAGCGUCCAACAUGAGCAGACUACUCUACAGAUUCUACAAGCAAAAUUAGGCCUUGAAGAUCUCCGGACACAGGAUGCGGCUGCGUGGCUUGAGUAUUUUGAGUCUAAAGCUCUAGAACAGCAAGAAGCUGCACGAAAUGGUACUCCCAAGCCAGACGCCUCUAUUUCCAGCAAAGGCCAUCUCAGUGUAUCAGACCUGCUGGAUUAUAUAACCCCGGAUACGGAUCUCAAAGCAAGGGAUGCCCAAAGGAAAGCUCGCCUGAAGGUCAAGGGAAGACCAGGACAAAGUCCAGGACCUGUGUCAGAAGAAAAUCAGAAAGAUGAUGAAAGUCUGACUCCGACUCCUAUAACUGGGGAGAGUUCAAGUGAUAAAGAGAAUACAUCCGAAGCAAAACCUGAAGAAACAAAGGUUGAGAAACGUGAUAUGGAACCUCAAGAUCUGGUGACGCUGGUUAAUGUAGAGGCCACGGCUCAAGAGGACGACUCCUCUGACGAAGGAUGGCAAGAAGCUGUCCCGAAAAAUCGUUAUCCUUCUGGGCGUAGAACCCGUCCCAGCCUGGCAAAGCUGAACACAAACUUCACGAACGUGAACCAGCAGACAUCAAAAAGCAGAGGAAAACCCACCAAUUUCGCGUCCCCAAGGACUAGUCCAAAUGAGAUUUCGAUAUCUGCUGCUGGUUCUACUUCCCAGCACGCCAAGAAGGCUUUGAAGAGCCCGAGUUUGAAUAAAAAGCAACACAGUACCAAUAUAGUGGGAGAAAAGAAGCCAGUUAGCAAUAAAUCCGCCACCGAACAGAUCAACAAGGCAACUCCUAUGGUGAGUCCGGUGACUGUCAAAGCUGGGAAACUGUUUUCCUAUAAGGAGGUUGCACUGGCACCCCCCGGAACUAUUGUGAAAAUAGUUGCGGAGCAGUUGACAGAAGAAACAACUGCCCCAGAGACAUUGGACGCGGCAAAAGUUGCAGUAGAUGGUCCUGAGAAAGUUAAGGCUGAGGAGGUUGAGAGUGAGAGUAAGCAUGAGGCUACAGAAACGGAAACGAAAAAUGCUGAUGGUAAUGAACAAGGAGUUGCUGUUGGUGGAUCAAAGUUGAUGAGUGCACAAGAGGAUAUCAAGGCUGAAAAGGCAGGAGAAGAAGGGUCUCCAACAAAGACAGCGGUUUCAGACGCAAGUCAAGGAAUGUCUGAAAGUGUACAAACAGCAAAAGAUUCAAAUGGAAGUGGACCAGUAAUAGGAGUGAAGCAACAUAUGGAUGUGUCUGAUGCUGAAGCCAGAGCAGUAGAUGGUGAAACUGAAGAUCUGCCUAAUGCAGACUCAAGUCCAAAGUCACCAGGAGAAAAGCAAGAGGCAUGCGAGGCACAAAAAGAGAUGAGCAAGAAGCUCUCUGCUUCUGCUCCACCCUAUACCCCAACGACCAUUCCAAUUUUUGGGUCGAUUACUGUUCCAGUGUUCAACGACCAUGUGGGUAUCCUCCCCUCCCCACCGAAUAUUCCACCAAUGCUUCCUGUAAACCAUCUCCGCAGGUCAGCUCCUCAUCAGUCUGUAACAGCUCGAGUUCCCUACGGGCCUAGGCUUUCAGGUGGUGGCUACAACCGAUCUGGAAACAGGGUCCCUCGUAACAAACCAAGCUUCUCCAUUAGCCCUGAGUCCAAUGGCGAGGCUAAUCAGUUCAUUGGGCCAAGAAUAAUGAACCCUCAUGCGGCUGAGUUCAUACCGAGUCAACCAUGGGUUUCUAACGGAUAUCCAGUGUCACCAAACGGCUAUCUUGUAUCACCAAAUGGGACGGAAAUAACACAGAAUGGGUACCCGUUGUCGCCAGUAGCAGGUGCAUAUCCGUGUAACAUACCCGCACAGCCUCAGAACGGACAUAUUACACCUGCACCACUGGCUUUAGAAGAGUUACCUGGUACCGAAAGCGCCGAGGAGAAGAGUGGAGGCGAAGAAGAGAAGAAAGCUGCAGAGGAUGGAGAAGUCACUGUACAAGAAAGUAAAGAAACGCCUGAAAAUGGACAGUCGGCAGUAGGCGAAGAGAAACCCACAGAAGAAGAGGAUAUCUAACGGGAAUUGAAGUAGUUUUCUGUCAUUGAAGUAUUGACAUGACACCGAGGGCUAAAGGAAUGGAGAUAAACUUGGCUUUAUGGAUGAGGUAGAGGUAAACCAAUCAUAGUUGGGCAUGAGAGUCGAGGAAACCAUUUCUACCUUUGAAUGGUUUGUGUUUCAGCACAGAAUCAAGACUCGUGGCUCCUCUGCUUUAACAAACUUUACUCCUCCUGCAUUCAGUUUUUUUUUUCUUUUUUUCUUUUUGGUUUCCAUAGCUGAGAACUUAAAAAUAUUCAAGACCUUGAGGAGCCUCCUGAAUAAACAUUUCUUCUUUUUG